AUGGGUCUUGGGUCCAUUUUUCACAAGCUCGGCAUUUUCCGCCGCCUGGCCCGAACGAUGGUGUCUAGCAGAGCCAGCUCCGGACAGGAGCCCUUGUCGCGGAAGGCCUCGCUAAACCGCGAAAGGAGACCGCUUCGAAGUUUGCUUGUAAUUCUCAAUUCAGUUUUGUUGAUUGCCCCCCAAAUAUGUUUGCUUGGACAGGGAGAGGAGCCAGACAUAGUAAGUGUCGGAGGAGCACCCGAGGUUUCCACAGGGGAAGCUCACUUCCGACAGCACUCUGACUUAUUAUCCUCUGAACCUCCAAGUCUCUUCACAUUCGACAACGGACAGAGAUCGCCAUGUGAUGACACCAGCCGUGAUGAUGAUUCGUGCCACUCGAAUGUAGAGUCCGUUGUUUCAAAUAGAAGUGAUCCCCUAGCAGCUCAACCGUACACUACUGCUAGUAACACCACCACAGCGACAGUGGUACCGCCGCGCCGGACAGUAGCCGACAUUGCAGAUCUAGCCUCCGCUUCUCGCAUGCUGCAUUCCAAGUGUGAUUCAGAAUCGAUAUCGAAUCCAAGCGGCCACGAGUGGUUACAUUUUCCGUCUCAGUCGGGACCGCACACAGUUGGUUCCACUGUGACGAUUGCCGCCAAUCUUCUUCCCUGCAAAACCGCUACUAUAGACUUGCAAGAGCGUGAAGUACUAGUGUCUCUGACGUUGCUGGGCCGUCAUUCACAAAGACGGUUGCUACCGCCACAGGAUGCGACCACCUCCGUUUCUGUCGUGGGCAGUACCCAGUCAACCGGCCGCACAGCCGUUUUCACGGGUUACAAUGAAAGUUUCCGUCUUCGAGCAAGAACAGGGCAAUCACUUGUCAUCGAGUGGCUGGUCUCGGUGCCUGGGAGUUACCUGAUAGAAGCCACAACUGAUGGAUUUCCGCCAGCUGUACUCGGCCCUCUCCUAGCUGUAGAAACAGGCUCCCCAAUGAUGAACAUCAUACAGCAGCCACAGAACGGGGGAAGCGGGGCGGAAAUCUUGCCCAUUCCCGUGCUCGAGGUGGUCGAUAGUCAUGGAAAAAGAAUGACUUCAUCAACCUCCAUACUCGUGGCCUACGUAAACAGCCCUCGAUCUGAGGAUAAUCAGGCAGGCAGAAGUUUGCCCGUGCUUAGGGGACAGACUGUCGCCCGGGUAUCCCGUGGUAUUGCGUCCUUUCCGGGACUCUCAAUACGAGAAGCCAAAAAAAAUUACCGUCUCAGCUUCGUUGAUAUAUCGGGGGCAAUUCCCGUGGAAGUGUUCUCCAAUGUUUUCGACAUCGCACCCGGUUUGCCUACUAGUCUUGCUAUAGUUGAACAGCCCCCUCCAACGGUCAAUCCUGGGCAGAAAAAUCCAUUCCGAGCUGCCGUUGAGGUGCAGGACAAGCAUGGAAACAGGGCCUCUGGUGAAUGGAAUAUCGUACUGAGGAUUAAAGCAGAGGACAAGCAUCAGGCAGAUCGAGACCCUCGUCCAUCUAUGCAUAUGGAGGCAAAGACUAACGCCAGCAAAGCGGCUGUCUUCGAUAAUAUUUCCAUUACUGAUUCCGUGGAAGGCGUCUACACUCUGAUCGCUGAAUGCACAGACUGUCCGAAUGGCCCGCUCUUUGCCACAAGUACACCAGUCCGCGUUGUGCCGAAGUCCGAAGUGUGGGUGGUCACGGACUGUGGAGUAAUAGCUCCGCCGUCAUCAGCUGACGGACUCGAAGGCGUUUUAGAACACAGCUGCGUGCUGAGCGUCUCACUCGUCGAAGGGGGUGGAUCAGCUUCGUUGAUCGCGCCUGUCAUCAUCGAAAUCGAUGUGUUAGACAAGGUCCGGAAGCCGGCGGUGAUGCCUCGUAUCAGGGUGGUUCCUGACGAACAUGUUUUCAUCCCUGGCGAGCACUUGACGAAGACCAUUCGUAUUGAGGCUGUUGAGCAAAAAACCACGACAGCCGAGGGAACAGCAGUGCCUGAUACAGCGGGCUCCUUCCCUGACCGAUACACUGUGGUAGUCCGCACAAGAUCCGAUGACCACCGAUGGACCGAACCUGCGGUUAGGUGGCCGAACGGCAACGUAGCUCAUAUCAUGGCCGCACCAGCAGGCAGAUCGACGCUUAUUCUCCCUUCCAAACUUGGAAGCAUGAAAAGCGCUGUCUCCGAGCGCGCCCAACCCAUCCAUUCGAGGAGCGACUUCAGACUGGCUAGACCAGGAAAGCAGUUGGACGCAACUAAGGAUGUCCCCGGACAGCCAGCGGAGGCGGAAAGCAUCAAGCAAACAUCGCAAGAACGAAUGCCACUGAGGAGGCUGCCUUCUCUCUUUCUCUCCACUAAUGAAGACAAUGUAGCUCAGAUCAAAUGGAACUCGACAGACAUAUUAGUGCGAGAAGGGUCCUCCAUAGACCUUUCGUUCCAGCUAGGAUCUCGUCCACUUGAUUCGGUGUAUGUAUCAAUAUCGUGCCCAUCGCCGUUCAUCAAACAUGUCAAGGACCGGGCUGAAGUUCAGCCCGAGGACUGGCUCUUCGGGGACAGCCUUAUUCUUAAUUCGCUUCCACAGCCAGGAUACCAGGAAGCGCAGUAUUCUGUUUCCUGUCAAGUUUCGAGUCGUUCGAAGGAUCCUCGUUGGAUAUUUGACAGCGACUCGUUCUCACGAGAUGACGAGGAUGCCCGAAUUUUUGGGACGACGGUUCACUUAUCCAUCUACCGUCACCAGUGCCACGACGGGUCAUUCAGGGGAAUCUGCCCUUGCCCUGCCGGUUAUGUUUGUGACGGCGCAACUGUACUUUACAAGUGCCCAGCAGGCACAGAAAGGUGGGUUUGUAGAAUGAGUGAGGCCGGCUGCAUGCAGUGCAGCACUUCUUCUGCGGUGAUUCUACGACCUUGA